AUGGGUCGCGUCGGCCGCACCCGUUCACUGGGCGCCAACGCCCUCAAGAGCAUCUCGUUCCACCCGUGUGAGUCCCUGCAAGACUAUCACAAGCGCCCUUUCACCUUUCACCCGACGUUCGGCGACCACUUCUUCGACACGGACCAGGCCGUCAUGGAUCUCGAGGAGUUAGCCCCAGCCGAGUCCGUGCACAUCUUCUACACCCCCGACACCUUCGACCUCUUCGUGAAGAUUGAGGGCGAGAGUCCACAGGCCUCCCGAAAGGGCGUCAUGGACUGCCUGACCAAGGCAAAGUGGACCAAGUUGGCCUUCCCGAGCGGCUUCUUUGCCAUACUCCCGAGACUGUGUCAUGGACUGCCUGGCCGACGACGUGGCCUCUACGGAAAUGGAGCAGCGCCACGACCAACGGAAGAAGGAAAGGCAGCGUCAGGCCAGCCUUGCUGCGCUUAAGGUACAGCGCCAGGUACGGGUGAAUGGAGUGUACGCAGCGAUGAGGUAGGACGACUCCCAUCCGUCGAAAGCUGCACGAGCCAGGCCUGGCAAAACGGCAGGCGCAAUGCUCUGUGCGAAGUUCGAAUUCAGGCCCAGGUCAUCAAGGGGUUCUUGUUGCCGUCAACGCCCUCGAGACAUUUUCAACGAUUAUCGACCCUAUGGCCGCGUCGGAGCACCAGUUCUGAGCCGCUCCGACUCCCCACCAGCCUCUGAUCCUUACUCGCUGCUCCGACUGCCCGUCGGUUUCUGACGCCGCCACCGUCCAGCCACACCAGCAGCAUGGAGGAGCCAUCGUCCCUUGUUUCGUCCAGCCAGGAGCUCUCUUCGUCCAGCAACGUCCAGCCAGGAGCUCUCUUUCCCUUGUUUCGUCCAGCCACGAGCAGCCAUCGAGCAGCCAUCGUCCCUUGUUUCGUCCAGCCACGUGCUCUCUUCGUCCGGAGUAUCUCGUUGGCCGCCAUUCGAUGGGAAAAGGGAUGUAUCGAAGGGCAAAGAGCAGCUGUAUUUUCCUCCUCUUGGUAUUCCUUCCCAGCUUAUCGUUGUCUCCAUUUUAUAUCCUGAAGUUUGGGACUUUUCUAUCCGGCCCGGCCCCCGCCGUACGUGGCGAAGGUGAGAAGAGCGAGGAGACACUGUACUGAGUUGCAGGCGAUGUGUAGGCACAGCUGAAGAGGGCGCUGCAGCUGCGGGACGAGAUGCACGAGGUAUAGAGGGUCAGACACGAGGAUAGAAGCCAGAUGUAUCCACUGACAACACAUGUGUGUGUAUGUAUCGAUGGACCUUUUGCGUGUGCAGGCCGCCCUGCGCCACGCCCAACAGCAGCUCGCUGAAGAACACCACAAGCGCCAGGUAUGCAUGGCCCGAUACGACGACAGCUAG